AUGUCGUUCAUGGGAGGGGCGGAAUGCUCCACGGCCGGCAACCCGUUGAGCCAGUUCCAGAAGCACGUCCAGGAUGACAAGACGCUGCAGCGCGACCGCCUCGUCGGCAGAGGGCCCGGCGGCCAGCUCAACGGCUUCCGCAGCCAUCAGGCCAAUGCUCCCCAAGAUGAGGUCCGUCUGUCCCGCAUCUCGACCGGCUUCCUUCCCGAAGUGCCUUUGCUGACCCCGCUGCCGCAGAUGAUGAACGGCUUCCUCAACGGCGCCCCGAGUUUACAGCAGGACUUCCCCAUGCAAGCCGGCCCUGCUCCGCUUACCCCAGCCCAGCAUGCGCCCAUGCGUGCGAGCUCGGCGUCCCCGUCGUGGGCGCACGAUUUCAACAACCAGCCCGGGAUGGAGUCGGCGUUCAAGCCGCCACCCGGCGCUCACUUCAGUGCCGACGAGUUCGCCCGCUUCAGCCAGCUCAACGGCCAGGCUUCGUCGGCCAGGUCCAGCCCCAUGCAGAGCAACAUGAGCAACAUGCCCGGCCAAAUGUCCCAGCGUCCCAUGAUGGGCGUGGGAAUGAUGAACCGCGGCAUGGGCUACGGCCAGGGCAUGUUCCAGCCCAUGUACCAGAACCACCAGCCCCUGCAGCAGCAGCAGCAGCCGGAAGGCAAGGGCAAGGGCAAGCUGGUCGAACUCGACGACAGCAAGUGGGAGGAGCAGUUCGCCCAGCUCGAGCUGCAAGAUCAAGAAGCUGCCGAGAAGCUCAAGGAGCAGGAAGAGGCCAACGCCGCCGAGCGCGAGCUCGACGAGAUGGACAAGGCCAUGCAGUCGGAAACCAAUGAGUUCGGUGACUUCGAAUCUAUCUGGAAGGGAAUUCAGGCUGAGACUGCUGCUGCCAGGUCCAUGGUCAACGAAGACCAACUUUUCGACCAGUUCGACAACGACUGGGACACCAGCGCCAUGCCCGACUUCCAAGGCCUGGGAGACUGGGGUCGAUUCGGCGACCCCGUCGUCGAGAAGUACAUGUUUGAAGAGGAGAACAUCUUCCGCAACGAGAAGAACGCCUUCGAAGAGGGCGUGCGGGUCAUGAAGGAGGGAGGAAACCUGUCUCUGGCGGCGCUUGCCUUCGAGGCUGCCGUGCAGCAGCAUCCCGACCACGUUGAGGCUUGGGUAUACCUCGGGCAGGCUCAGGCCCAAAACGAAAAGGAGACGGCAGCCAUCCGGGCCAUGGAGCAGGCGCUCAAGCACGACCCUAACAACCUCGACGCUCUCAUGGGCCUAGCGGUAUCCUACACCAACGAGGGCUACGACAGCACGGCGUACCGGACGCUGGAGAGGUGGUUGUCGGUCAAGUACUCCAACAUCCUGGACCCCAAGGACCUCUCACCCGCCUCCGACCUGGGCUUCACAGACCGGCAGCUUCUGCACGACAAGGUGACUGAUCUGUUCAUCAAAGCAGCGCAGCUGAGUCCAGACGGCGAACACAUGGACCCCGACGUCCAAGUGGGCCUCGGUGUGCUCUUCUAUGGCGCGGAGGAGUACGACAAGGCCGUCGACUGCUUCCAGUCGGCGCUGCACUCGUCAGAGCUGGGUACCUCGAACCAGCAGGAGCAGGUCCACCUCCUCUGGAACAGGCUCGGCGCCACGCUCGCCAACAGCGGCCGCUCCGAGGAGGCCAUCGCGGCUUACGAGCAGGCGCUCUCGCUGUCGCCCAACUUUGUGCGCGCGCGCUACAACCUGGGCGUCAGCUGCAUCAACAUCAACUGCCACCAGGAGGCGGCGUGCCACUUCCUGGCUGCCCUCGAGAUGCACAAGUCGAUCGAGAAGUCUGGCCGCACCAAGGCCUACGAGAUCCUGGGCGACGGCGCCGCGCCGCAGGUGGACGAGGCGCUUGACCGCAUGUCGGCCCAGAACCGGAGCAGCACGCUGUACGACACCCUGCGGCGCGUCUUCACGCAGAUGGGCCGCCGGGACCUGGCCGAGAAGACGGUGGCCGGCGUCGACCCGGACGUCUUCCGCCCAGAGUUUGAUUUCUAG